AAUGGUGUCUUUUACAUCCAGGAAAUGACUGUAUGCCCUCAUAUGUCCUGGAAUGCAUGUGGUGCAAAGAGAGGUUGCAAAUAGAUUGUGGAGGGGAUAUUGAAUGCCCUGAGUGUCAGGUUUGAACUCCCUGGGACAAGAGGGAACGGGCUACGUAUACAGUUGAGAUUGUUUGUGGUUGGAAAGGUAAAAAUCUAAACGAGUAAUAUGGGAGGUAAACAAAGUGGUGGAAUAUUGAAAAAGAGCCCCUUAGGCUGUAUUUUGGAUCACUGGAAGGAGAUAGGGGGACCGCCAGGUGGAAGCGUGGAUAAGAAAACUUUAAUAAAAUAUUGCAAUCAGUGGUGGCCAUUAUAUAAGUUAGACGGUGAUGAAAAAUGGCCCUUUAAUGGGACAUUGAAUUAUAACACUUUGUUACAAUUGAUGUUGUUUUUGAGACGAGAAGGAAAAUGGGAUGAGGUGAUGUAUGCAGAUAUGUUUUUCACUUUAAGAAAUCAUUCAGAAUGGCAGAAAGAAUGUGGUAUUAAUUUGGCCCCACAAGAUCCUCUUGUGUUAGCAAUGGAAAAGGAGCAGAAAAGGACUACAGGGAAGAUGAAGAGAUGUUGUUCGGCAUGUAGUAUAGGACAAAGAUGUGUAAAAUUAAAGGAAACUGAGGAAAGAAUAGAAGAUUUUGUUUUUUCACCACCCUUACUACCUCCAACACCCGUAGAAGGUAAUUUUACUGAUGAUACAGGUGCGAAAGAACCUGAUGAAGGUACGAGCACGAGAGAUUUAGGUUUUACUCCUAUUACAGCUCGCACACGGAGUAAGGUUGGUCCAAUAAUCCAGGCUCCCUUAAGACAGGCAGUAGGAGCUACCGGUCCUACGAGGAUUAAAUUGCCAUUUACGAUGAAUGAUUUAGAUUCAUGGAGGGAAAUGGUAAAAGGAUAUCGGGAUGAUCCUGAGGGAGUUGCUAAAAGAUUUGAGUUAAUCGUUAAAAAUCAAGAUCCAGAUUGGAGAGAUAUUGAUUUGAUGUUAGAUGCCUUAACUGAAACUGAAAAGCGAUUAAUAAUAAAGACUGCUCGGACUCAGGUCCAAAUUCAAAUAACUGCUGGGGUUUUACCCGGUAUGGUAGAUAAUCACGUACUGAGAACAGACCCCAAUUGGGACCCUAAUGAUGACAGUGAUUACCGAUUGUUGAAAAAAUAUCAAGAAUGGAUAAAGAUUGGUAUUGAAAAUGCGAUACCGAAAGCAGUUAAUUGGUCAAGUCUGUAUGCAGUAAAACAAGGUCAGACUGAAACUCCCACAGAGUUUCUUGAUCGGUUAAGAGCAGCUAUGCGGAAAUUUACUACCUUAGAUCCCUUAUCUGAAGUAGGAAAACAACAGUUAGUCUCUUUGUUUCUAGGACAAUCUUCAGAAGAUAUAAGGCGAAAGCUUCAGAAACUGAAAGAGCCUGAGAUAAGGGACUUAGAGAAGUUGAUAGAGGAAGCUUGGAGAACAUAUUGGAACAGAGAGGGGGAUGAGAGACGAAAAUUGGGAAAAGCUAUUGCUGCAGCUACUGUAGCUGCGCUGGGAAAGCAGGACAACUCCCUUUGUGGGAGGGGUUGGGGAACUGGAAGGAGGGGAGGCUCACGCCAGCCCCUAAGAUCGGAUCAAUGUGCUUAUUGUAAAGAAAUAGGCCAUUGGAAAGGACAAUGUCCUAAGCUAAGUGGAGCACGAGCUGUUGUAGCCGAUGUUACCUCUGGUCAAUGAGGGGGACCGGGGGAAUCCACCCUAGCGGAUCCACUGGUUAAAGUUAAGCUAGGGAAAAUAGAACGAGAGGUGGAUUUUCUUGUAGAUACGGGAGCAUCCUAUUCAGUGUUAAAUCAAAGGUUGAUACCGGAGGAUGAAGAGUUUGUGACUGUAGUGGGAGCUACUGGCCAGCAGAAAAAGGCUUAUUUCCUAAAACCACUUAAAUAUAAAUUGGGUAAACAAAUAGGAAUACAUAAAUUUCUGUAUUUGCCUGGAUCUCCAAAAUCCUUGUUAGGCCGUGAUUUGCUAGAACAAUUGGAAGCAGAAAUUGUUUCUGAAAAAGGAAAAAUGGAAUUAAAAGUCAAGGAAGACCAGCUAAUUAACAUUUUAAGCUUGGCAUUAAUACAAGCUGAACCAAAAUUUGAAGUACCUCCAGAAAUUGUUGAUCAAGUAUAUUCUGGAGUCUGGGCCUCUGAGGUUCCAGGAAAGGCUAAAAAUGCAGCCCCUAUAGUAAUUAAGCUGAGACCAGGAGAAGAACCUGUCAAAGUUAAGCAAUAUCCCCUGAAAUUAGAUGAUAGGAAGGGGAUCAAGGAGAUAAUUGACAAGUUUCUACAAUAUGGAAUAUUGAUUGAGUGUGAAUCAGAAUAUAAUACACCUAUACUACCAAUUAAAAAGGCAGACGGGAAAAGCUAUAGGUUGGUCCAAGAUCUGAGAGCCAUAAAUAAGAUUACUGAAGAUAUACAUCCAGUAGUUGCAAAUCCAUAUACUUUGUUAACAAAACUAAAAGAUAACCAAGUUUAGUUUACCGUGCUGGAUUUGAAGGAUGCCUUCUUCUGCCUGACCUUAGCCGCAGAAAGUCAGAAUUUGUUUGCUUUUGAAUGGGAGAAUCCUGAGUCCAGAAGAAGAACUCAGCUAACAUGGACAGUAUUACCUCAAGGCUUUAAGAAUAGCCCCACUAUCUUUGGAAAUCAAUUGGCGAAAGAGCUUGAAACUUGAGUACCUCCAGACAAUGAAGGAAUCUUGUUACAAUAUGUGGAUGAUCUCUUAAUAGCUACUGAAACCAGGGAAAGUUGUAUUCGAUGGACUGUGAAUCUUCUUAAUUUUUGGGGUUUAAGUGGAUAUUGAGUCUCUCAACAGAAAGCCCAGCUGGUUCGACAGCGUGUGACCUACCUGGGACUUGAAAUCUCGGGAGGACAACAGGAGCUUGGGACCGAGCGAAAAGAAGCCAUUUGCCGAACCCCGGAGCCCCAAACGAUAAAAGAGCUGCGGACCUUUCUGGGAAUGACAGCCUCUUUUCUUAGUGGAACUUUGGAUGAACCAGUGACACAUGACUGCAUAGAAACAGUAGAAGCUAUAUAUUCCAGUCGACCAGACCUCAAAGAAGAACCUCUGGAGGAUGCUGAAAACUCCUGGUAUACCGACGGGAGUAGUUUUAUAAAACAGGGACAACGUAAAGCAGGAUACGCAAUCACAACCAUCCAACAGAUUUUUUCAGGACAACCUCUGGAGGAGAAAUGGGACGGACCCUAUCAAGUGUUGCUGACGACCUUCACUGCCAUUAAGAUCAAGGAACAGCCGGCCUGGAUUCACUAUUCAAGAGUAAAGAGAGCACCUGAGAGGCCAUGGACAGUCAUCCCUACAGGACCCACGGGUCUGUGAUUCUCCAGAUCAUGAUGAUAACAGAGUUAUUACUCAGUUCAAAUGAAGCUCGAUGGAACUUGAACUCACAUUUUUCCUUGACACAAAAUGUUUCCCAAAUCCUGAACAGAACUGACUGUUGGAUAUGUACUCACAUGCCAGAACAUGGGGGAAAAGGAAUCUCGCUAAUUGGUAUUCCGAUACCAAGAAAUCACUCCUGGACUGAUCUUUGGGAAAGCACCACAUGGUAUACUGACAAUGACGAAGUCCAGAAGUUAGAAAUAACUAGUCCUGAGGCCCAGGAGCCUUACUGUAUGUGUGUACAGAGAUGUAAUCUACCUAGAGGACUUGGAAAAAUUGACUGUGUUAAUGGGACGUAUGUAGGAAAUCAUACAGUUUGUAACAAAACUAUAGAUAUUGGAACUUCAACUUCUGUUAAUACUACAGCAUGGCCAGUGCUGGAAGGAAAAGGAUGGUACUGGCUAUGCAAUGACACUGCCCGGAAAGUUUUACCAAAGAAUUGGAUGGGAACAUGUACUUUGGGAGCAGUGGUUCCGAAUAUGACUAUACACAGUUCUCCACCAAAAGGAUGGGUGCGAACACACUUUCGAAAGAUUAGACGAGAUGUUGAGAAUCCUUUAGUAAGAAGGCCUACUGCCUUUCAUAGUUUUGUCCGAUGGUUACUCCCAUGGUUGGGAGUGAGUUAGAAAAAGCCAUAGUUAACAUUUCGGCAGUAAUAGAAAACCUUGAGAAUAGAACAAUUGAUGCAAUAAGAGCCCAACAAUUAGAAAUAUCCAGUUUAUCUCAAAUUGUACAACAAAAUAGAAUGGCAUUAGAUCUAUUACUGACCUCUCAGGGUGGAGUAUGCACAGUUAUAAAUACGAGUUGUUGCAUGUAUAUAGAUCAAAGUGGAAGAAUCUCCACCGACUUACAAGAAAUUUGGAAACAGACCAAAAUACUACAUGAGAUAACAAAGGA